GACACACGUUUUACCCUAGCGAGAUUCCGUAGUGAGGAAUCCGGAAGCACUGCUGUUGACGGCUAACCACCCAACAUGAAGGUCAACAUGAGGCACAGUCCUCCAGUCAAAAGUCCUCAGAGAACAAAAGCAGGACAUUGAUCCGGUGUUUUCCUCUUUGUUCCGCAUUUGGAUAAGUCGAGUUCAAGCCAACCAUGGAUCGGGAGGAUGAGGAAGAGGAGCUGACGGUCAAGGCGGCACCGAAGGAGGUGGAUGUUUUCACGUCCGUGUGCUGCCUGGGCUACUUGUCCAGCAUCAACCUCCUGGUGGCGGUGUGCGUCGGCAUGUACGUACGCUGGGAGGUGACGAGCGAACCCAUGAUCCUGGUCAUCUUCAUCCUUGGCCUCUUCGUCCUGGGAAUCGCCAGCAUCCUCCAAUACUACUUUGCCAUGGAGAAGGCCAGCCUCAGCUUGUUCCACCUGUGGUGUGGCUUCCUGCUGGGACUCCUGUGCUUUCUCAACAGCCCCGCCUUGGAUUCGAACGUUACAGAACUUGUUGCCAACUAUCUCCUUGUGGCCAGCGUGGCGAUGAAGGCGGUGUGGGCCGUAACUGAGCGCAUAUGCCGCUCCGUCCGCUACAAACCCAUGCUGCUGUCGUCGUCUGAGUGGCUCGAGCUGUUUGGAUUUGGAAUCGCCAGCACCACGAUGCUCCUUUCCAAGUCGGCGGCCAUUGUUGGCUUGGUAGUAGCUCUGGGAGCUCUCGUUGUGGACUUGAGGAUGAAAUCCCUUCUGGCUUUGCCCAACUUGAUCUGUUUUGCCUUGGUUACUUCUCUUGUGUUCUUUCAGGCCUUAGACAUCCCAGCCAACCCUUAUGCCUUAGGUUGCUACCUCGGCAGGCAGCUCUGUGAGCCCGUUUUGGACGUGUACUUUAGUGGGCUUGGGCCCAGUGAGCGCUGGAUGCCAGUGCUCUCACUAGGGAAGGUAUGGAGGAGACUGUCCCUGUUUCCUCUGUGUCUAAUGGAGGUGGCCUUCUUCGUCCUCGCUGCCUUAAAGCUUGGCCACUUGAAGCUUUGGUAUCUGGUGAUCCCCGGCUUCUGCCUGUUUGGCCUGUUUGGCCUUUUAUGGGCCAUCUGCCACAUCAUUUUGCUGAUCACUAUUUGGGGCUUCCACACCAAGCUGACCGACUGCCAGAAAGCCUGGCGGGCCCAUCCGUCAAGUAGACGGAGUCUGGACCAGGUCAUGGCCUCUCGGGGCAUCCGACACUUCUGCCUCAUUUCAGAACGCCUCGUCUUCUUUAGUCUGCUGUCGACUGUCAUACUGGGAGCUGUGUCGUGGCAGCCCUCCAACGGUCUCUUCCUGAGCGCCCUGCUGGUGGUGUUGCCCUUGGAGUCUCUCACACACGGCCUGUUCCAGGAGCUGGGCAGCUGCCUGGGAGGAACCUGUGCUGGCUACGCACUGGUGAUACCUACAAUCUACUCCAGUGCCAGCGGCCAGCCCACUCUCCUGCCUCCCGAGCACGUUCAGGAGUUGAAUCAACGCUCCACGACCAUGCUGAACAACAUGCAGCGCCUCUUCACGCACCACAUGAUCCAGUCGUUCGGCUGCGACUACUCCACCAGCGGCGUUACCUUGGAGACCGUGCAGAACAAGCUCCGCAGCUUUCUGGAGCUCCGGACGGCAGACGGGCCUCGUCACGACACGUAUUUGAUUUUCUACAGCGGGCAUUCUCAGAAAGGCACUGGGGCCUGGACUCUGGCAGGAGGCGAGAGUCUGCACCUGAACCAGCUGCUGGACACCUGGAAGGAGAAGAACGCCGGCCACGGCUCCCGCCUCAUCAUCGUCCUGGACACGGAGAACUCCCUCCCGUGGGUCAAAGAAGUGCGCAGAGCCGAGGGCGUGUACAUGGCGGUGCAGGGGGCCGAGCUGCCGCCCUCCAGGCUCGACCCGGAGUCCGGAGAUGUUCCCCUCCUCGGCGACUUCACCUCCGAGUGGGUGGAGUUCAACUGCGACCCGACCGGCGACACCCAGUGGGCCAAAAAGGGCAGGACCGUGACGGCCACGUACGGCGUGUCCAAGCACUGGAGCGACUACAUGCUUCACCUACCCACCGGUAGCGACGUGGCCAAGCACUGGAAGACCCACUUCCCCAGGGCCACAUAUCCCAUGAUCCACCUGUCCAACUGGUGCUGCGGCCUGAACCUGUUCUGGCUGUGCAGCGUGUUUCUGCGCUGCUUCAGGAGGUGUAAGAUGGCCUGGUUCCCUCCAGCCGUUCUGGACACCGGGCAGGGCAUUAAACUGGUGCAUUCAUAGGAGACAAAUGGAUAAAAAUAUUUUAAAAAGUUGGGUGGUUUCUUAAUUUGAAGAGGGUGGGUUUGUUAUUUUUCUGUUAAUUUUCUAUCAAAAGUUCUUUAUAUCUGAAAGAAAUGCUUUUUAUAUUUCUCAUUUACAUUAGUAUUAUUUUUAAUAUUAUGUUUGUUGUUUUUUUUUGCCGCCAAAGACCAAAUGAAAGACAGAGAAUGAGAAAUGUUUUACAACUUUUUUUAUUUUUUUCAAAUUGUGCCAUCUAUUUAUAAAGUUCUGCCUUUACUAAGGGAUUUGGGCUCAUCAUACCCGCCAUCUCGUCUCCUCUUAUAAAUCAAUACUUUACAAAAGUGAUUUUUACACUGUUGUGCACCUCUUUUCAGUCAUUUUCUCCAAUCAAGCUUAAGAGUUCUUGCGUUUUGUACAAAUUUAUGCUGCGAUGUAGAAAGUAUUUAAUCACCACGGAACACAUUGUUUCGGGUUUUUUUUAUUGCACAGAACACCAGAACCCAUUUUGAUGAUUCCUCCGUGCAAUGCUGCUUUCAGGGGAGAGUGUUUCACAAGUGUUUCCAAAGAAGGUCAGGUAGCAUCAUUCAUAUGCAAAUAUCUCUACUGUUGGAACAAAUAUUGCAAAAUAAACAUGAUGAAUUCCGA